GAAACGCUCGCUGUGGAGUUGGGGAGGAAUUGAGGCUGAAGCCGAGGAAGGAGGAGCUGGAGCAGAGAGUGCGAGGCGGGCGGAUCCCCCGAAGCCUGAGGAGUUGGUGAGAAGCCGCUGGCCCGGGCAAGAUUCCUCACGCGGACUCAGGCCGACUCCUGGAAGUGCCUCUUUGGGGAACGGUCCCGAACCCGCCGCCGCUGCCGCCUUGUCCAGGCAAGGGCCGUCGGGCAGCUGACGCUGGCUGCCUUGGCCGCCCGGAAAGCGCGCUCAAGGCGGUGAUGGUAGAGCGGCCGGCCAGGGCAGGGCGCUGGGCUCCCACCCGCGGGCGCUCGGUCUCCGCUGUGCCGGGCGCUCCCCGCCAGGGGGCGGCGCAGCGCGGGGCGAGCGGGCGGCAGCCGGCGGUGGCGCGGUGGCGGGGUCGGUAAGGGAGCAGGCUUCGAGUCAGCACCUCACCUGGGCACGUCGUCGCCCCCCGGCGCCUCCUGGAGUCCAGAGUCUGCGGAGGCCGCAUGGUCUGCACUUCGAACUUCCCAUGUUUGCUAUGUUGCCCUUUGGAGACAAAACAAGAGAAAUGGUCAAUGCCUGGUUCGCUGAGAGAGUCCACACAAUCCCUGUGUGCAAGGAAGGCAUUAGAAGCCACACGGAAUCUUGUUCUUGCCUCUCGCAGCCGAGUCCUCGUGCAGACAGCAGUGCGCCUGGAACACCAACCAGGAAAAUCUCUGCCUCUGAAUUUGAUCGUCCUCUUAGACCCAUUGUUGUCAAGGAUUCCGAGGGCACUGUGAGCUUCCUCGCUGACUCAGAAAAGAAGGAACAGAUGCCUCUAACCCCCCGAAGGUUUGAUAAUGACGAAGGGGACCAGUGCUCAAGACUCUUGGAAUUAGUGAAAGAUAUUUCUAGUCAUUUGGAUGUCACAGCCUUAUGUCACAAAAUUUUCUUGCAUAUUCAUGGACUUAUCUCCGCCGAUCGCUAUUCCCUGUUUCUGGUCUGUGAGGACAGCUCCAAUGACAAGUUUCUUAUCAGCCGUCUGUUUGAUGUUGCGGAAGGUUCAACACUGGAAGAAGCUUCAAAUAACUGUAUCCGCUUAGAAUGGAACAAAGGCAUUGUGGGGCAUGUGGCAGCAUUUGGUGAGCCCUUGAACAUCAAAGAUGCUUAUGAGGAUCCUCGGUUCAAUGCAGAAGUUGACCAAAUUACAGGCUACAAGACACAGAGUAUUCUUUGUAUGCCAAUUAAGAAUCACAGGGAAGAGGUUGUUGGUGUAGCCCAGGCCAUCAACAAGAAAUCAGGAAAUGGUGGGACAUUCACUGAAAAAGAUGAAAAGGACUUUGCUGCUUAUUUGGCAUUUUGUGGUAUUGUUCUUCAUAAUGCUCAACUCUAUGAGACUUCACUGCUGGAGAACAAGAGAAAUCAGGUGCUGCUUGACCUUGCUAGCUUAAUUUUUGAAGAACAACAAUCAUUAGAAGUAAUUCUAAAGAAAAUAGCUGCCACUAUUAUCUCUUUCAUGCAGGUGCAGAAAUGCACCAUUUUCAUAGUGGAUGAAGAUUGCUCCGAUUCUUUUUCUAGUGUGUUUCACAUGGAGUGUGAGGAAUUAGAAAAAUCGUCAGAUACCUUAACAAGGGAACGUGAUGCAAACAGAAUCAAUUACAUGUAUGCUCAGUAUGUCAAAAAUACUAUGGAACCACUUAAUAUCCCGGAUGUCAGUAAGGACAAAAGAUUUCCCUGGACAAAUGAAAACACAGGAAAUAUAAACCAGCAGUGCAUUAGAAGUUUGCUUUGUACACCUAUAAAAAAUGGAAAGAAGAAUAAAGUGAUAGGGGUUUGCCAACUUGUUAAUAAGAUGGAGGAGAAUACUGGCAAGGUUAAGCCUUUCAACCGAAAUGAUGAACAGUUCCUGGAGGCUUUUGUCAUCUUUUGUGGCUUGGGGAUCCAGAACACACAGAUGUAUGAAGCGGUGGAGAGAGCCAUGGCCAAGCAAAUGGUCACACUGGAGGUUCUGUCAUAUCAUGCUUCAGCAGCAGAGGAAGAAACAAGAGAACUCCAGUCCUUAGCGGCCGCUGUGGUACCAUCUGCUCAGACACUUAGAAUUACUGACUUCAGCUUCAGUGACUUUGAGCUAUCUGACCUAGAAACGGCACUGUGCACAAUUCGGAUGUUCACUGACCUCAACCUUGUGCAGAACUUCCAGAUGAAACAUGAGGUUCUUUGCAGGUGGAUUUUAAGUGUUAAGAAGAAUUAUCGGAAGAAUGUUGCCUAUCAUAAUUGGAGACACGCCUUUAAUACAGCUCAGUGCAUGUUUGCUGCUCUAAAAGCAGGCAAGAUUCAGAGCAAGCUGACUGACCUGGAGAUCCUUGCACUGCUCAUCGCGGCUCUCAGCCAUGACUUGGACCACCGGGGUGUGAAUAACUCUUACAUCCAGCGGAGUGAACACCCACUUGCUCAGCUCUACUGCCAUUCGAUCAUGGAGCACCAUCAUUUUGACCAGUGCCUGAUGAUUCUUAAUAGCCCAGGCAACCAGAUCCUCAGUGGCCUCUCCAUUGAAGAAUAUAAAACCACGCUGAAAAUGAUCAAGCAAGCUAUUUUAGCUACAGACCUAGCACUGUACAUUAAGAGACGAGGAGAAUUUUUUGAACUUAUAAGAAAAAAUCAAUUCAAUUUAGAAGAUCCUCAUCAAAAAGAAUUGUUUUUAGCGAUGCUGAUGACAGCUUGUGAUCUCUCUGCCAUUACCAAACCCUGGCCUAUUCAACAACGGAUAGCAGAACUUGUAGCGACUGAAUUUUUUGACCAAGGAGACAGAGAGAGAAAAGAACUCAACAUAGAGCCUGCUGAUCUAAUGAACAGGGAGAAGAAAAACAAAAUUCCAAGUAUGCAAGUUGGGUUCAUAGAUGCCAUCUGCUUGCAACUCUAUGAGGCCCUGACCCAUGUAUCAGAGGACUGUUUCCCUUUGCUGGAUGGCUGCAGAAAAAACAGGCAAAAAUGGCAGUCUCUCGCAGAACAGCAGGAGAAAAUGCUGAUUAAUGGGGAGAGCAGCCAGGCCAAGCGGAACUGAGCGGUCUGUGCACGCCGAGUUCAAGUUUACAGACCGUGUAUUCUGCAGUAUGUCUCGUUUUGCUAUACACUGUACGAGUUUAGUGUAUACUUUGCCACUGCUGUAUUUUUAUUUUUGCACAACUUUUAAGGGCACAGCAUGAAAUGUUUUUAGGGGACUAUUACAUAUUUUCUGUAUAUUUGUUUUAUGCCACUGAUCUGAGAUUAUCAACGACACCCACUCACUCACUCUUAGCACAUGGAUAAGAGCUCUGUUUGUGAUAUUUUGUGUACUACAAAGUGCAAGUUAAAUUCUUGUGCUGAGAUUUUUUUGUUUUAUUUUGGGGGAAUUUUAGGGGUUUUGUUUUUUGCUUGGGGGUUUUAAAUCAUUGUUUUUGUGUUUUCUGAAUUACCAAUCUUUUAAAGAAUGUUUGGAAUCUUUUCAUUCUCAAAAAUAGUCUAGGAGCAAAUUGAAUGUAUUAUGUGACAUUUAAAACCUAUCUUUUUUUUUUUUUUCUCUAUCAUAGGAUAGAGAAAAGUGCUGGCCUAGUGGAUUUAAGGGGAAAGGAUAGUAUUUGUCAACAAAAAAGUAAAACUCUGAAACAAAUAGCAAGUACUAUAAAGCAGUAUGGUAAAGAAAAGGUAUUGUUAAUUGAUUUGCUGUUUUUGUUAGUGAGCAGGAAGGGGAGAACUCUUUCGUUUUAGUACAUAUGUCUAUCCAAACACUACCCAUAAAAUCACUGCAGUCUACCCUCUCUGAUGGAAAGCAGGGAAAACCUUAGGAAGAGACA